GCCGCUUCCGGGCCUCUGGCGCCCAUAGCAACGGGACACAGGGCGGUUGCCACAGGGAACUGUCGCCACCAGGCGCGCGCGCGCCCAGCACGUUAAUUUGGCCCCGGACUGGCCCCCGUAACCAGGCUCCUAGCUCCGCCCCCUGACGCCCCGCCCCUGACGCCCCGCCCCCAGAGCCAGAUGGGGCAAUCGCGGCGACUGCGCCGAGACGACGCGGUCCUCGCACACAAUCGGAGGACCGAGCGCGGCAAGUGGCCCUCACGCGCUUCCGUCGCCCGGGAGGAAGGGGCGUGGCGGCGCCUGCGCACGGCCCCGAGUGCCGACUCGCGGCGCGUGGAGGGCUCUGAGCCGCGCGCUCGCCUGCGAUCCCGGCGGCUGCAGCGGCGCCCGGCGCUCCCGGGUCAUGUCGUGGCUCUUCGGCAUCAAGGGCCCCAAGGGUGAAGGCGCGGGGCCGCCAUUGUCCCUGUCGCCCGCGCAGCCCGGGGCCGACGGAGGCGGGGACCGCGGUGCGGGCGACCGGCCGGUGCCCAAGGACAAAUGGAGCAACUUCGAUCCGACGGGCCUCGAGCGCGCGGCCAAGGCGGCGCGGGAACUGGAGCACUCGCGACAUGCCAAGGAGGCGCUGAGUCUCGCACAGAUGCAGGAGCAGACGCUGCAGCUGGAGCAGCAGUCCAAGCUCAAGGAGUAUGAGGCUGCUGUGGAGCAGCUGAAGAGUGAGCAGAUCCGCGUGCAGGCCGAGGAGAGGAGGAAGACCCUGGGUGAGGAGACCCGGCAGCACCAAGCUCGGGCCCAGUACCAGGACAAGCUGGCUCGGCAGCGCUAUGAGGACCAGCUGAAGCAGCAGCAACUUCUUAAUGAGGAGAAUUUACGGAAGCAGGAGGAGUCUGUGCAGAAGCAGGAGGCCAUGCGGCAAGCCACCAUGGAGCGGGAGAUGGAGCUGAGGCACAAGAAUGAGAUGCUGCGGGUCGAGGCUGAGGCGCGCGCCCGGGCCAAGGCUGAGCGUGAGAAUGCGGACAUUACCCGUGAGCAGAUCCGCCUGAAGGCUGCUGAGCACCGCCAGACCAUCCUGGAGUCCAUCAGGACGGCUGGCACCCUGUUUGGUGAAGGAUUCCGUGCCUUUGUGACAGACUGGGACAAAGUGACAGCCACGGUGGCUGGCCUCACCCUGCUGGCUGUUGGGAUCUAUUCCGCCAAGAAUGCCACGUCCGUGGCUGGACGGUACAUCGAGGCGCGGCUGGGGAAGCCCUCCCUGGUGAGGGAGACCUCUCGAAUCACCGCGCUGGAGGCCUUGAGGCACCCGCUGCAGGUCAGCAGGCGGCUGCUCAGUAAGCCCCAGGAUGCGGUGGAGGGCGUCAUCCUCAGUCCCAGCCUGGAGGCACGUGUGCGGGACAUCGCCAUCGCGACCAGGAACACCAAGAAGAACAAGAGCGUGUACAGGAACAUCCUGAUGCACGGGCCGCCCGGGACCGGGAAGACUCUGUUUGCCAAGAAACUUGCUCUGCACUCGGGCAUGGACUAUGCCAUCAUGACGGGCGGGGACGUGGCCCCCAUGGGGCGGGACGGCGUGACCGCCAUGCACAAGGUCUUUGACUGGGCCAACACCAGCCGGCGAGGCCUCCUGCUCUUCGUGGAUGAAGCAGACGCCUUCCUCAGGAAGAGAGCAACCGAGAAGAUAAGCGAGGACCUCAGGGCCACCCUGAAUGCCUUCCUGCACCGGACGGGACAGCACAGUAGCAAGUUCAUGCUGGUCCUGGCCAGCAACCAGCCCGAGCAGUUUGACUGGGCCAUCAACGACCGCAUGGACGAGGUGGUCCACUUCACCCUGCCGCGGCGGGAGGAGCGGGAGCGCCUGGUGAGGAUGUAUUUUGACAAGUAUGUUCUGAAGCCGGCGACAGAGGGAAAGCAGCGCUUGAAGCUGGCCCAGUUUGACUAUGGCAAGAAGUGCUCAGAGGCCGCGCGCCUGACGGAGGGCAUGUCGGGUCGGGAGAUCUCCCAGCUUGCUGUGGCGUGGCAGGCCAUGGCAUACACCUCUGAGGACGGGGUCCUCACCGAGGCCAUGAUGGAUGCUCGGGUGCAGGACGCCAUUCAGCAACACCGGCAGAAGAUGCAGUGGCUGCAGGCAGAGGGUGAUGGGUCCGAGGGUGGCCAGCCCCUGCCCCCCAGGACACAGGCCCAGUGAGCCUGGGCACCUGGGCUUGCUGACCUGGCAGGGGUUCCCGUGUCUCCUGGUGACUGCCCACCUCCCCAGCAUUUUGAACACUUCUCUAGUCAGAGUUGGGGCAGCACUGCAGGCCUCAGCCAGGACAGCUGCGGCAGUGGGCCUGGUUCCUUGGUCCCCCAGUCUGCCCCCUCCAGGCUGUGGGGCUGGCUGGGGAAGGUCAGGCCAGGCCCAGAAAUGAAGAGAAGGCACUACUCUGUGCCCAGAGACAGUGGCUGAGCUGCUGUGCCCAGCAGUCGUGGGCUGGUAUGGUGGGGCCUGGUCUCACCCAGGCCUGUGCUGCUGGCCAGCGUCAUCCAUCACUACUCAGGACAGGGAGGUGCCCACACACUUUUUGACAAACCCAGGGGCCGAGAACUAUUGAGCACCUCAGGCCUGAGACCAGCUGGUCACCUGGCCAGGGCAGACCGGUGCUGGGAGAGAACCCUGGCCCAGAAGAACCACAGCUUUCCACUGGAGUGGGGUCUUUUUAUCCAGUAUCUAAUAAAAACUAUGAACGAAACA